CCCAGGACAGUGCAGGGAGAAGACACAGCUACAGACGUAUAUUAGAGUUGAGGUUAGAGGUAGAAGUUACUGUAUUUGAGCACAAGUGUGUUAAGAUGUCAAAGGGAGUUUAUGGAAACUCAGAUGGAUUUGAAGACGAUGAGCCUGAUGCAAUGAAGAACACAGACAUUGACGGCCAAUUAUAUUCCAACGUAAGAACCUUCAAGCCCAGUUCAAGAGAUGGAGUUGUUGCUUCAGAACCUGAUAGCUCAGAGAAGAGAUCCUCCAGAGUUGUUGCAGUGUGUCUGGGGCUGCUGUGUGUUCUACUGGCUGGGAUCAUAGGCCUGUCUGUCUACUAUGAUGGGGUCUCUAAGAGCUUCAUAGCCUAUAAGACCAACUCAUCUGCAGAGAUAGAACGGCUACAGACCAGCUACAACAACCUGACUAAAGAGAGAUACCAGAUGCAGACCAGUUACAACACCCUAACUAAAGAGAGAGACCAGCUACAGACCAGUUACAACACCCUGACUAAAGAGAGAUACCAGAUACAGACCAGUUACAACACCAUGACUAAAGAGAGAGCCAACCUACAGACCAGUUACAACAACCUGACUGAAGAGAGAGACCAGCUACAGACCAGUUACAACACCAUGACUAAAGAGAGAGACCAGCUACAGACCAGAUACAACAACCUGAAUGAAGAGAGAGACCAGCUACAGACUGAGAGAGAGUUUCUUAACUGGAGACUUACCAAUCUCAGCUGGCAGAAGUUUGAAUCCAGUUGGUACUUCCUGUCUACUGAGUCUAAAACCUGGAAGGAGAGCAGACAGGACUGUCUGAAGAGAGGAGCAGACCUGGUGAUCAUAAACAGUGAUAAGGAACAGACAUUUCUCUUCAACCUCAAGAAGAGAGUCUGGAUUGGUCUGACUGACUCUGUUAAGGAGGGGACCUGGAAAUGGGUGGACGGCACCCCACUGACCACAAGGUACUGGUAUGACCCACAACCUGAUUUUGCAGGUCCAACUGGGAACGAGGACUGA